AGCAGACGACAUUCUCAAGUUUCAGACGACUUUGUGACCGAACUCAAGAACAUUAAGGCCGCCUCUUUCUCUCUCUGAUUCCAAGAUACAUAUAUCGUUUGGUGCAGGUAUUCGACUACAUAAUACAUGAUUCAAGUCAGAAAGAAUGUAAAUCCCUGAACAAUAACCACUUAAAGCUAUAAUUAUGCAGAUUUUCGAAUCCAGGGACGAGUUAAAGAAGGUCUAGAAGAGAGAAUGAAGUUCAUUUAUUUACUAGUCUUCUCGUUGCUUAUCUUGACUGGUUUGGCAGAAGAGAAUGAAGAAUCGAAAGAUCAGAUCGAUCUGAUAGCUGAAGAUGACGAUACUGAAACACCCAAAGAAGAAACCAAAAUAUCUGCACACCCCUGCCUAAAAGUACACUGUUCAGCUGGACGUGAAUGCGAAGUUGAUGAUAAUGGCAAAGCAAAAUGUGUUUGUGUUAAGAAAUGCAUGAAAGAAAAAGACGAGAGAAGAAAGGUCUGCAGUAAUCAUAAUGAAACUUGGAACAGCGAUUGCGAAUUAUAUAGAAUGAGAUGUAUUUGUGCUAAAAAUGAUGAAGAAUGCACGAAUAAGAAAUAUAAACACGUACAUGUUGACUAUUACGGAAGUUGUAAAGGUAAAUAUUAUUAUUGUAUUAAUGUAAACAUAGAGAAAGACAGCCUGUCCAAAGAUAACAAUUUGUUUAUAUUGAAAUUCUUUUUAUUCGCAUAGAUGAAAUUAUCAUAU